UUAAUCCGCCACUUCCGAUCGUUUCCUUUGGCACCUUGGCAAUGAGCCAUGGAUGUAAACGCAGGCGUGGAUCAACAAUGCCCAGUGUGCUGGAGUUUACUUUGCGAACCUGUGGCGUGGCCUGACUGCGCGCAUCAUUUCUGCCUGAUCUGCGCGCUGCGCACCCGCCGGCGCCCGAAGCCGGUGUGCCCACUCUGCCGCGCCCCUGCGGGCCAAGUGCGGCAAGCUUCCGAGCUUCAGGUCAGCACCAUCCACGCCUCCAGUGUGCGGAAGGUGGUGGGCUACUCCGCCUACGAGUUUCAGCGGAGGGAGACCUGGGCGCAGGCGGCGGAGCUGGAUGCCGCGGGAGGUCUUGGUGGGCCCUUGCCUUUAGUCGCUGGGCACGGAGAGGUAUGGCAGCGUCUUCGCCUGGGCUCGCAGCAGGAGGUGCUCAUGGGUUCCAAGUACGACGAGCUGUUGCAGUGGUCCAGAAGCAAGGGUGGUUGCUUCGCAGUGGUUCUUCAGCCGACGGACUUCGAAGUGGGUGCGAAGGGCCGGGUGUGCCGCGUGGUGGACUUCGAGGUUAGCCCCAGCCCAGCGUGUUGGUGGAAGCCGGCGCCGCGUGCCGCAUCAUCGAGCUGAAGUCCGAGGCGGAGCCGUUCUUUCUGGGCAAGUUGGAAGAGUUAGAUGAAGAUGAGCUUCCGGCGGUUCGCGCGGAUGGACCGCUGGCGGCGGCUGCGGAUAUGGUGAACAUCUUGGGGGUGCUGGGGCGCAACCUCCAGGCUGUGAGGCAAAGGUGGAUGAUGACCGCCUUGGUGUCGCUCCUUGAUGAGGACAACGGUGAGAGUCUCCACGCGGACCGGCAAGGGCUGGAAUCCAUGCUGGGAGUGAUGAUGUCGUACCGGCAGAUCAUCCACCAGAUGGACACCCUCCUCUCACAAGCCUCUGCUACGGCUGACAGAUUGCUGCCACUGGCAGACGAACGAGAAGACGAGCCAGACGAGGAGAUGCCGGAACCCCCGGAUACGCCAGCUGCCGUCACGCAAAGGUCAAGCUCGAGCCGCAGUGCUCGGAGCCAGGCUUCGCCUCGAGAAGUUGGGCCUCGCGAGCCAGCCGUGUCCCAAGUGGAGGCCCUCCGUCGAAGAGGUCAUGCGCUCCCAGUGGCCGGCGCCAGUGUGGCAGGCGUCACUGCUCCUACCAGCUCACUUCGCAGAAGGACUGGCCCUCGCACGCGCCGGGACGGACGCCAGGCGCAGCGCUGAAGAGCAGCGCUGAAGAGCAGCGCGAAGUUUCGACGGGUAGUACGGGGCUUGCAUGGAUGGACCCUCCUUUGGGUGUGUGCUCGACGGCUUGAUGGGAAAC